AUUAGGGUUUUACACAAACAACGAUCUACAAUGGAGAGCAGCAGCAGCAGCAUAACUGGAGGAUUUGGCCAAAUUGGGUCCUCAAAACAACUAACAGCAGAUUCGAUUUCUCAAUUCAGGGAAGGAAUUUGUUUAAUUCUUUCUAAAUGGUCAGCUUUGCAACUCGCCGUUGAAAACGAAUGGGGUGGCCGCGGGUCAGGCCUAUUGGCUGAGCAACUCGCCUCUGAUAUCCUCUCUUGGUUCACUCAGUCUAAAGAGCCACUUUUUAUUGAGGAUUUGAAAGGCAUCUUGGAUGAAGCUAUGCUUUCUCUGAAUCCCAUGAUUGAGGAUGGCAGCAUUGAAGGGGUAGCAGAAAAAUUAAUGAUUAUGCAUGAAGAAUGUUUAGAAGGCAACUAUAGUUCUAUUCAGAAAUUGAGGGAAGCAGCUCCUAGAACAAGAGCUCAUCAACAUGUCAAGCAGGCUGUGGACAGUGACGAUGAUUCUGAGGACAGCGGCAAUGAUGAUAAAAUGGGUGAUGAUGAAUCGAACAUGAUGGUGGACGCACCAGAAUUCCAACAGAAGAUGUAUCCAGUAGACAAGCCAGUCAAUGUGCCAAGGGCCAAGGAGGCUCAAUCAGAAGAUGGAUGGACAGUUGUUUCAUCUAGGCGAAACAAGGAUAGAAGGAAUUAGGCUGAAUUGUUGUGUAGUCUACCUCUUUUGGUUUCAGUUCCCCUUUCCCUUCAAUACAAUAUCUGUUUCCACUGGCAAUUUUGGUGUGGUUUUGCCUGCUUGGACUGAGUUGUGGCUUGCUAGAAUACGAUGAGCCAAUGGUUGAAUUUCUCAGUAUUAUGAUGUUAUAUUAUGUUGGUCGAGUUCCAUCAAAAA